AUUUUGACAUUUAAUGUGAUUAAGCAGAAUUUCGGUAUUUUGUGAAUGAUUGUUUUCACUGUGAAAGGUACAAAAAUGUCGAAAAUAAAUGAAGUUGCUUCUUUAUAUAAACAGCUAAAAUCAGAAUGGAAUUCACCUUCAAAAAAUUUAAGCAAAUGCAGUAAACUGUUAUCUGAUUUAAAGUUGGAAUUGACAAACUUAAUAUUUUUGCCAACGUCUAACGCAAGCGCAUCUAAACAAGAACUUUUGCUUGCUAGAGAUGUUCUAGAAAUUGGAGUACAAUGGAGCAUUGAGGCUAAUAACAUCCCAGCUUUUGAAAGAUACAUGGCACAACUUAAAUGUUACUAUUUUGAUUAUCAAAAUCAGCUAGAAGAAUCUUCUUUUAAAUAUCAAUUGUUGGGACUCAAUUUACUAUUUCUUUUAUCUCAAAAUCGUGUUGCAGAAUUUCAUACGGAAUUGGAGCUUCUACCAGUUGAUCACAUACAAAAUGAUGUUUAUAUAAGACACCCUUUAUCUAUUGAACAGUAUCUAAUGGAAGGAAGUUACAAUAAGAUAUUUUUAGCCAAGGGUAAUGUACCAGCAAAAAGUUAUAAUUUAUUCAUGGAUAUCUUAUUGGAUACAAUUCGACAUGAAAUUGCAGUGUGUUUAGAAAAUGCUUAUGAAAAAAUUUCACCAAAAGAUGCUGCCAGAAUGCUGUAUUUACAAAAUGAAGAUCAGCUUAAAACCAUUGCUGCAAAGAAAAACUGGAAAUUAGGCAAGGACAACUUUUUCCAUUUUACACCAGAGAUGAGAUGCCAUGAACCUAUACCAUCAGUUGAACUUGCCCAGCAAGCUGUCGAGUAUGCAAAGGAAUUGGAAAUGAUCGUGUAACUUUUGUUAAAUUAAAUUAUUUUAAUAAUAUACAACUUUUGCAAUC